ACAAAAAGAUUUUAUACAUAAUCCUACAGCCUUCACGUAAAGAUAGAGCAUUGUGGUUCCCCAUUUAGAGAGAAGGAAAUGGGCUGAGAGAUGAGUGAUUUGGGCGAAGUCGUGCAGCUAGAUAAGGGACAGUCAUGAUCUGAUUAUUGGGAAAAUUAAAAAAAAAAAAAAAGACCUUCAGAUUCUGAAAUUUUUCCAUACCACAGGGAAAGAAAUCAGCUUGCUUUCAAUUUGGACAUGUUGAACUUGUAAUGCAUAUAAGGUAUUUUAAUGGAAGCAAUAAAGCCUAGUUAUUUAGGACCCUGGAAUUGGGAAAAGCUAGAACUCAAACCCAGUGGCCUAACAAUAAUGUCACUAUCUUAGAGACUUUAAGUUUCCAAAAACUUAAUUUUCUUAUAUUGAAGAGAGAGUUCUUUCAGUACUUUGUUCAGUGAUAUAUGUUUUAAAUACAUUAUUUCAUCAAUGCUCAUUAAAUAAACACCACAUUAUCUGGACCUAUAAAAGAGAAGGGUGGCUGCAGAAAAACUUCCAAGGCUUAAGGAUUCGAAAGAAAAAAGAAAGAGGGAAAGAUGAAAUAUUAUUAAGACUAAAGGGCUUUUUUAAUGGAAGCCAGAUAUCAGUCUUGCUGAGAAUGACCCUUCUCCUGUGAGGAAAAAGAUGCUGGGCAGCAGGUGGAGGGAAAGACACAUGCAUCUGGAGGUUAAUGUGAAUUGGGAUGAUGGAGAACCAGAAGACCUGGCUCUUUAUUUUUUCAGGAAACUGGAGGCAGGGCAGUACUUACAGAGAUUUGUGGACGUGGAAGGAACAAAGGCGAUAUACCUGAGCACUUCUCUCUGAUAGAAUCUCUGCUGCGACAGUGGAAAUAUUCUCUACCCGCAUGAUCCAAUAUGGUAGCCAUGAGAUUACACGUGCUACUGGGCACUUUAAGUGUGUUUUGUGUGACUGAAAUACUGAGGUUUUAGCUUUAACACAUUUUAAUAGCCACGUGUGGCUAGCGGCAACCAGAUCAGAAGCAGCGGUGCUAGAGAAAAUAUACGAACUGUGUGAUUAAUAGCAACAGUGGAAAUUGCAUGCUUCAUCUGCCUUUUCAGGCUCCCAACCCUGAGAUUUCUGAACAGAAAAUUGGCUUUUGCGAUUGGGAGUUUAGCCUGAUGAUCAUAUAGAAAGACAUCAGUUUCUAUUCUAAAGAAAUUGAAUUGGUUUGAACAUAUUUUCACUUUCUUUCAAGGCAUUCCUGACAUCACCAUGGACACAGAAAACACUGCCCUUUCUCCAUUCCUUUAUGAAGCUGUCUUGUGAGAUUCAUUUUAAUGAUGAUUAAUGUUCUAUCUACUAAAUGAGAUUCAAAGUUCCUCGAGGGUAGAAAAAUAUGGGUUAUGCUUUUCCAUGUCUAUGACUAACCGAUUUUGUUUAAGGUCCAGCAAUGGGAACAAAAGCUAAUCCUCCCAAGAAGUUAUACGUGGGAGAAGGGACCCUGUAAAAUGUCAAGAAGAAUUUCCAGAAGCCAUGUCCGUCACUAAUAGCACCUCAAGCCAUCCAGCUGCCUUCCUGUUGGUAGGAAUUCCAGGUUUGGAGCACCUGCAUAUCUGGAUCUCCAUUCCCUUCUGCUUCGCCUAUACUCUGGCCCUGCUGGGAAACUGCACCCUUCUCUUCAUUAUCCGAGCAGAUACAGCCCUCCACGAGCCCAUGUACCUCUUCUUGGCCAUGCUGGCAGCCAUUGAUCUGGUCCUGUCUUCUACGACGCUUCCUAAAAUGCUGGCUAUUUUUUGGUUCAGAGAUCAGGAGAUUAACUUCUAUGCCUGCCUGGUCCAGAUGUUCUUUCUCCACUCCUUCUCGAUCAUGGAGUCGGCACUGCUGCUGGCCAUGGCCUUUGACCGCUAUGUGGCCAUCUGCAGGCCACUGCACUACACCACAGUCCUCACUGGGCCCCUUAUCACCAAGAUUGGCUUGGCCGCUGUGACACGGGCUGUGACACUGAUGACCCCGCUCCCCUUUCUGCUCAGACGCUUCCACUACUGCCGAGGCCCAGUGAUUGCCCACUGCUACUGUGAGCACAUGGCCGUGGUCAGGCUGGCCUGUGGGGACACUCGCUUCAACAACAUCUAUGGCAUUGCAGUGGCCAUGUUUAUAGUGGUGUUGGACCUGCUCUUUGUUAUCCUGUCAUAUAUCUUCAUCCUUCGAGCAGUUCUGCAGCUUACCUCUCAGGAGGCUCGCUACAAGGCCUUUGGGACGUGUGUGUCCCACAUAGGUGCUAUCUUAUCUACCUACACACCUGUGGUCAUCUCCUCAGUCAUGCACCGUGUGGCUCGCCGGGCUGCCCCUCAUGUCCACAUACUCCUUGCCAUCUUCUAUCUUCUUUUCCCACCCAUGGUCAACCCCAUCAUCUAUGGUGUCAAGACAAAGCAGAUUCGUGGUCAUGUGCUCAGUCUAUUCCAGAGAAAAGAUGUGUAGAUGCACACUUUUUUCCCUUAACCACUAUUACAGAGACCAUCAGUCCAAUGGAUGCUCAAUUGAGGUGGAGAGGAAAAAAACCACAACAGGAAAAUUGCAGAGCUUGGCAAUUCCUCAGUAUGACAAGGUCCCACUUCUCAUAGAUCCACCAGCAAAUCAAACCAGGUGUGUCCCUAGAGUCUGAUAACAGAGGACUGACCUUCCUAUUCUUAUACUCAUCACGUGAUUAAGGAAGUCAAAGAACCCGCCAAAGUGUUGCUGUAGGUGAAAGACAGCAGAAAUACUGGCUAAGAUUGACACAAGAAGAUGAGGUUCUGGUGAAUUCAUCACCAGAUUGAGGAAGUGAAGUUUUGUAACCCUAAGGUCAACACCACAUUUAGUGCUGAAAUUGCCUCCAAAUCCUUUCUGAUAAGUGACCUCCAGCCUCUGGCACUCUCUUAGCCUACUGCCAAACUCACUGUUAUUCUGGAGUUGAACAGCUCCGCCUCUAAUGUGACUCAUAUUUUCCAUUAAGUCAUUUCCUUUCUGACUCAUACCAACAGCCAAUUCCUUUACUGAACACUUAGCAAAGGAGUUUUCUGACAUCCACUUAUAUAAAGUCAUGUCACCAUGAAACUGACUUUUCACACGAGUAUGCCUUUUGUCUCCCCCAAAACUUAUUAUUUAUUGAAUACACGAGUAGAAGAGCUGAAUACCUUCGGGCUGUGGAAUGUGGAAACGGUAAUCAGCACCUUUCCAUCCUGAACAGUAAUCAACACCCUUGUCAUCAGAAGCUUGAGACCUCUGAAGCUAAAGAAGAAAACAGCUACAAUAUGUAAUUGUGGUAAAAGGAAUUAGUGUACAGAUAUUUAUCCUCCUGUCCCUCUACCAUGGGGGAUUCUCUUCACUCCAGGAAUGCUAAUCUUGCCAUGUGACUUGCUUUGGCCAGUGGAAUUUGAGUGGUCUUAAAAUGUGCCACAGUGAUCAGUCAUGUUAAAAUGUGCUGUGUUGCUUGGCUCGGUUGCUCUCACUUUUCUCUUCUGCUUACAAGAUUAAGCACAUCUCAAGUCAGUUUUUCCUUCAGCCUAGAACAAUGAUGAAGACACAUAGAGUACAUGUGAAUCUAACUCACGGCCUCAAGUAUAGCUGGAUCCCAGUGUCCCUAUAACAUGAACAAGGAAAACUUUGUUAUUUUUUCAGUGAACCAAUGAGAUUUGGGAGUUGUUUCAUAGCCUAACCCAGGGAAAGCUGAUUGCUGAAGUUGUGAGCUCAAGAUUUCUUGCACUUCAGCUCAUGAUAGGUCAAGACUGAGUAAGGAAAAGAAAAUGCACUGUUUUCUUCUAGUAUAUCCAAAAAAUGAUUCUAGAUUUCACCUCUUUCUACUUUUAUCUCCUUAUGCAAACUCAUAAUUGAACUCUGUCAGUUCUUUUUAAAAGAAUCUUUCCUACACACUUUUCAUGAAGGCCUGCUUCUACAACCACAUUUUUCUAUUUUCACUGUGUGACCCUUUUCUUUCCUCAAUAAUAAUUAAACGUUUCUUCACUUCUAAGAAAAGAACAAAGAAACCUGAUGGUCUCUGAAAAAGCACCUCCAGGCUCAAGCUGUUGUGUCACAACUUGCCUCAUAGACAAAUUUAACAAUUUGUUAAAAAAAAAAAAUAUCCACUCUCCCGGAGUAUAACUUCCCACACACUGACUGUGAGAACGGCCAUCUACACCACCUUGGUCAAUAGGCUAUUAAGCAGACAUGGUUCAAGGAGGAGCUUGAGGUUUGCUUAUGCAGUGGAGCUUGCUGUCUUCUGACUCUGCUACACCCUAAGAAUGUGCCCUGGUUAGCCCGCUGGCCCAGGAAGGAUGAGGGAAAAGUGGAGGAAAGCUGCCUGAUUAACUUGCAGCUUGAAGCAGAGCCUCACAGCCAAGUCCAGCUCAGAUCAGUUCCUCAGCUGACCUUCAGAUGCAUAAGCCAUCCAACUGAGAUCAGCGGUCAUCUCAGCCAAUCUCCAGGUGACAGAAACUUUUUUUUAUUGUUGCUUGCCACUGAGGUUUUGUGGUUGUUACACAGUACAUUCUAGAAAAUAAUUGUUUCUGUCAUUGUUAUCUAGUAAGUUGAAUAUAGAUAAUAUAAUUGAUUAAGUAAGUAUUCCCAGGCUAUAAGAACUGAUUUGUUUCUAUGUUUGGUACAGGAAUAACCUUGCCUUUCAGGUGACACUCUGUCCUCUCACAGAGAGUGGUAUUGGUCCCACAGGGUCCAUACACUAUUACAAUUCUACUACCAUGUGAUAAACAACAGUAUGCCCUGUUAGCUUUAUUCACAAAUGGAGUUACUUCCUCUCUUACACCAACUCUGGGUACUUAUGAGGACAAUCCUUGAAAGCUAUAUUUAUAGUUAAGUUUUACCAUUACAUAAAUACAAGAGGAUGCAGAAAAUGCAUUUGCACUAAAUCAAACUUAAUUACAACACCUCCAAUCAAUCAAGUACUCCAGUCUUGGAGCCUGAGUAAUUGUCAGUAAGUUGCCCAAACGAUGGCUCCACCUGAAUCUCUGACCCAGACAUCCAUUUUAUCCAGGACAGCCCCAGACCACUGAGAGCUGGGAAAUGACCAAAUGACAGACUUAGAACACCAGUUAACAAAACCAAGGAAGGCAAGCUCUGUCUACAUUUUAGCAAACACAUUAGAAGUAAGCGCUUACUUGAGCAUCACUUGAUGCAGUAUUUGCUUGAGAUGUUUCUGUACCACUAUUAUGCUUCUUACUUCCCUCUGCUGUAUUCUUCAUCUCAGAUAUCCUCAUUCUCAUAAAUAAAUGUGCAUUUUUUUCAUCUCAGAUAUUGUGAUUUUUCAUCUCUGAAAGUUCAAUUUGGUUAUUUUUUUAACAUCUUCUGAUCCCUCUAACAAAUAUGCACAAUCUUUCCUCCGGUGUCUUGAACAUAAAAAAAUACAUUUAUAAUGGUUUAAUAUAUUUAUAUGCUAACCAUCAUCUUUACCUAUUUUGAUUGGUUUUCAUUGAUUUCUAUUACAUACAUUUUCUUGGUAAUAUUUGAUUGAAUGUUAGAUGUGUUCAAUUUUAUUUGGGGUGCUCAUUUCUUCUAUAUUCUUACUUCUAUUCUUGAGCUUUGUUCCGGGACAUUGUUAAGUUGUUGAAGAGUUUGAGCCUUUCAUUGUGGAGCUGGGUAAAGAGGUAAAGAAAUCACAAAGUGAUAGACCAUGUAUAUAAUGUAGAAGCAGAAGUCUGAAUUUGAACCAUUGACGAUGUCUAAGAUACACAUACAUUGUCUCAUAGAUUUCAAAGUCCCCAGUUGUCUAAAAAGAUUGGUAUGCAAAAUAGGGGCACUAAAUGGUCUACUCAGAUGAGGGAAAAAAUCGUAAAGUUUCCAUUUCUUGCUACUUUCUUAAGCCUUUUGCUAUUUACAUUAUGUAUGCUUUAUAAUAUAAAACAUUAAUUUAUUGGCGGGUGAUAAUGUACAUACUGUAUGUAUAUACACACUUUAUUACAUAUAAAUGUAAUAAUCAAUGUGUGUGUGUCUAUACACAUUUGUAAAUAUAUGAAUAUAUCUUUAACAGCUUAACAUCUUAAUUAUGUCAUGUUAUAAAAUCCCUGAGUCAUAUACUAUUUGAUCAUUUCAUCCAUCCAAACUCGUUCAUCCAUCUUUAUAUCCAAACUUUUAUUGAGGCUUUAAUGUUACAGGUGGUAUUCUUAUACUCUGAAAUUACAGGAUCUAAGCUAUAGGGCAAUGUGCCAGGAGACAAAUGUGAGAGACCAGCUCCAGAGAGACUUGAACGCUGGAGCUAGAACCUUUCGUCCACAGUCUCUUUCAACACCCAAAUCCUAAAGCCUAUGUGCCCUAAUCCUCCGCCUUGGUUAUUGCUUGGUUUUCUGAGAACUGCUUCCAGGUUUUGCCCAGUAGCUACUCUUGAGUCUAACUGCAGUCUCUUUGGGGACUGACAUCUUGUUCUUCCAGUCUUCUGACUUUGCCUGGAGUCUAUACCAUUCUGUACAUCCAGCAAUGUCACCCACAAUAAAGUGGUAAGAAGGGAAGGAAGACUUCUACAUCCCAUAUCAUGAUCGGGAGCAGCAGCUUCUAUUCUCAUUCAAUGAGACGAAAAUUCUCAGAAGCUGAGUCUGCUGAAAGAUCCUCAAUGGAGUACUUUUUUCAUAGCUGGUCCUCACAGGCACGUAAAAUUUCCAUCCCCGUCUUCCCUUGCGGUACCCACUUUUUAAAUUUAGGAGCUUAGGGUGAUCUGCUAAAACCUCAUCUUGCAGAUGCCCCUAAAGUCCCAAAAGUAGUAGGUAAAUCUCUCACUCAAGAUUGCACGGUUGAGUACUAAAGAAUUACUGUUUUUUUAAUAUAGUCCUAAAAUGUUUUAGCUUUAUUUUUACAGAUCAGUGUUUAUUUUCUCAUAAAAAUUGUGAAUUCAGAAACUCAGAAGUUCAGGGAAACUUGGGGAAGAUUCGUCCUGGGGAAGCCUGCCAGUCAAGAUCUCUCUUAUGUUAAGACUAUGGUUUACUCAGAAAGGGCCUUGAAGGGUAAGGAGGCAGUCGACAGAGGGAGGGUGUGUCUGAGCUAAGAGAAAGCUAGCUGUCUGGAUAGUAAUUUUCUGGUUUGGAUUUAUCUGUCUUAAAACAAAAUAAUGCUUAUAAAAGUUGGUCAUUUAAUCCUUCUUGAAAGUCUUUCCUAGAGUUAAUACAGAAACAGAAAUAUCAUUUUUCUCACUGACUCAUGAUUCAAAGUAGAUUAUACAGAGCUGAACUGUCUGGAAACAGAUGAGAGUAAAUGAGCCUGACCUCCUUGGAGAUACCAGCCCUAAGCUGCAGAAGCCAUCAGGAACUCUGGGGAAACAAAACAAUUCUGUGGAACAAUUUUCCUCUUUCUUCGUUACUGAUUCAGCUCAACAGAGGACGGCCCAAAAGAGGGAAUGUUAGCACAGUGAGAACAUGGCAGCGAAAACAGAUCUGGGUAGACACAGUGGAAGAACCAGGUUUCAAACCCAGGUCACUGAGCCUUCCUGAAAUUAAAGUACCUGCAAAGUCAGCUGCCUCACUUGCAAAAUGAGAAUAAUAAUAUCUAUCUCAUAGGGUGUGAGGAUUUAAUAAGUUAACUUAUAUAAUACAGUCAGGUUUGUAUCUGCCAAAAAGUAGGUGUUCAGUAAAUGACAGCAUCAUGAGACUAAAUCCUGUAUUUCCUCAUGGUAUGCCACUGCUUCCCUCUAGCUAUGUUCUUAUAAUCUCAAGUAUAAGAAAUAUUUCAAUGCCACAGACCCUCUCCCCAGAGCCUUGUGUUGCAAUAACUCGUUUCCCAAUCUGCUUGACUUUUAACUUCUAUUUUAUCUUAGCUUGAAACUUUUUAUUCUAGUUUCAGAGUAAAACAUUUCUCUUUUAGUGAGCUAUUCUAGUCCUGUAGAUAGAGGAAAUUCUUAUUGCUAAAAGACAAGAUGAACUGUUAAAGAGGUAAAAGUGAGAUCCUGUCUUUACUGAAAAAAGACAGGAUUUUCUUUUCUAUAGAUUUUCCUUCCUGCCUUUGACUGGAUGAAGCCCGAUGGGAAAAUCUGAUAUAUCAGCUACAGUUUACCAGGGAGGCAGAACCACUAUGAAUGAUAUGGAAUUAGGGAUUUAUUAUAUAGAUUGGACCUCAAGCAAUUGAGGGAGCUGGUGAGGUACAUGGAAGACUCUGAUCUUUGUGUGCGAAAGUGGCCUGAAGGGGCCCUAUAGUUCAGCAGCUCAACAUUCAGGAAGGAAACUGGAUAUGGAUCAUAAGAGUGGAGAACAGCAACUUCCAAAGAUGAACUGGAAACUGCAAAGGGAGCCUAGAACCCUUAUCUUUCCCUUACUGCCUCCAACCUCUGCAGUGCAGGUGACUGGCAGAAGGAGAUGCUCUUGACCAUGAAGCUAAACACACACCCGACCCAGGACCUGGAGAAAUGGACAGAGAUCUGAGAUGUGGCAAGGGAUGAAGGAACUGUGGGCUCAGCCAACAAGGGGAGUCCACAGACUAGGGACCAAAAGCACGAGCUGAAGCAGUACCCGGCACUCUAGACCAGCUUAUGGAAAUCAAUAGCUACUGCUCCAUUCUCCCAAUCCCGCAGAAAUGUGUCUUCUGGCCAGCCCUCCCCAGAAACCACACAGGAAAGGAAUUCUGGGAAACACAGCUCCAGCUUGGCUAAGGUGACACGGUAUAAUACUCUCACAACAUUACAUGUAUCUGAGGAAUCUUGGAGAAACCAAAUCGAGAAUAACGUGAGCUCCUGAGAGAACAUCUACUGGCGGUCUGUCAGUCUGUCUAACCAAUAGCAUUUCGUGAGAUGCUUGUAACCUUUGAUUACGUCUCACCUCAAUUACCUUCAUGCCCACCCAACUUUCUUUAACAGGUCAGAACUGAACCAGAAAAUAUUCCUAGGAAAGGAGCACUCCUAGCCGAGACUCACCCAGCUCACAGCUGUGAGUAACACAACACGUGUUGUAUUUGGAUGGUGUUUGUUUACUUCUGUCUUCAACAACAAGGAAAACUGAAAUACUUGGUUCAAAUGGAACAAGCAACCAUAUUAUUCCCCAAACUGCGAUCUGCAUUCACCAACAAUAUUUACAGAAAUAUGGAUCCCUCAGAUCUUAGACUUUUGUUUUUAUUUAUUCAGCAGUCAUUUCUCAAACUCAGUUCUAGAAUCCAGUCAUAGAAGGAUGCCAGAGUAGCCGAGGCCUCUGAUGGUGCACCUUUAGCUGGACACAAAAUUCUUGGCCUUCAAUGUCUUUGAUGAGUAUAGAUGCAAAAAUUCUCCACAAAAUUUUAGCCAAC